AUUCCUGGCUCAUAAACCAGCCAUGUUUGUGUCUGAGAAAGCCCAAAUUGUUUCUUACAUCAAUGAGUGGGCUGCUUGCUCUAGGAUUGGGCCAGAAAAAGCUUUUCCCUUUCAAAGCAUGGAGUAGAAUGAAAAACCAUCACGGAUUUCUUUGCAUAACAAUCUGAAACUCAACAUCUCAAGCAGCCAAAAGGAAAGAAACUUUGAUUCUCGUGGAAAUCGAAGAUUGAAGAACUAAUGUUGUUGAUAAUAAGUAUCUGGAAGUUUAAGGUUGUCUUGGGUUAAGGUUGGGCGGUUGGGAACUUGGGAUUUUGCUUCUAUUUGAAAAACGUUGAUCAAAUGGAGGCUGACAGGUUGAAUUCUCCAAGUACAUCAGUAAUUACUUUUGAAGUAUUGGGUCAUCAACUACAGUUCUCCCAGGAUCCUAAUUCCAAACAUUUAGGAACAACUGUUUGGGACACAUCAAUGGUGUUUGCCAAAUUUCUGGAAAAGAAUUGCAGAAAGGGAAGAUUUUGCCCAUCCAAACUCAAAGGAAAGCGUGUUGUUGAACUUGGAGCAGGUUGUGGAGUCGCUGGAUUUGGAAUGGCAUUGCUGGGAUGUGAUGUAGUUUCUACGGACCAAAUCGAGGUUGUGCCAUUGUUGAGGAGAAAUGUAGAACGGAAUACUUCAAGAAUUAUGCAGAUGAAUUCUAAUUCAGAUUCAUUUGGAUCAAUUCAGGUCGCAGAGUUGGACUGGGGAAAUGAAGAUCACAUAAAAGCUGUUGCUCCACCAUUUGACUACAUUAUUGGUACAGAUGUUGUUUAUGCGGAGCAUCUCUUGGGACCUCUAUUGCAGACAAUAAUCGCAUUAUCAGGCUCCAAAACCACAAUUCUGUUGGGUCAUGAGAUCAGAUCUACUAGUGUCCAUGAGCAAAUGCUUCAGACCUGGAAAAAUUUAUUUGAAGUGAAGAUUGUCCCAAAAGCCAAGAUGGACAGUAAGUACCAACAUCCAAGUAUUCAAAUCUUCAUUAUGGGACUAAAGCCCCCAGCUGUUGUUGCAGAGAAGGCAGACAAUGCUGUUAGCACAGAGAAGCUGGAUAGGAAGACUCAAGGUAUUGACCAGCAAGUUAAUGAGGUUGAAACAAACAAAAGAGGUCCAGACAAGGAAGAGAACUGUGGAAUUAGUUCUGACAUAGAUGAUUUGGAUGGUGAAAUUAUCAAGAAAAAUUGUCUGCCACUAACAAGACUCCCUGAUGGGAAGCUUAGUGAAUGGGAGGCAAGAAGAUACGGCUCAAUGGCUGCACGGCUUCUACGAGACAUCAAGAUAACUUAAGUUAUCAGAUCUAGAGAUGAUUUGGUAUACCUUUUUUUUUUGUUUUUUACAACUGCAUUGUUGGUUUUGGAGAUGGUAAUUUAGAGGCAAGUGAGG